CGAGCAGGGAGCCGCUGUGCGGAGUGGUGCGGGGAGCGUGUGCUGCGUAGGGCGAGAUGUUGUUUUGUUGUGGCGAUCAGCUGAACGUGGCAUCGCCGUCCGGUCUGACACAGCAGCAGGAGGAGCAGGAGGCGCCUCACCCCGCAGCUCAACUCUGCGUCCUUAACACGGAGCUGCCGCGUCCGGCGCAUCUCAACCCAGGAAAUGCGGACUUCGGGCCCUUUCGCUUCGGGAUAGAUGACUGCAGCGCACACAGUGUAUCGAGCUGGUAAACAUUAACCCAGAUGUUCCUGCCCUUUGCGGGAGUUGGUUUCGGUUGUGCUGCGGUGACUCCUGGAGAUUCACACAGAAGCUAAAGAGCUGCAGCUCUUUACAAUCAACAAAGGAGAUGUCGAAAACAAUUUGGGAGGACUGUUAGAAUGGCCGUGGCUAGUCAAAGGCCUAGCUGCCUUGCACAGAGGAGGCUUUCAUGUUUACCUGCAUCAGUGCAGCUUUGGGGCACAUUUUAAUGAUGCCUCAGUUGACUCUUUUGAAUAACUCUCGGCCAACACUGAAAAAGGUCCUCACUUAUCAAUGUUCCAUCAGCUCUGACCUUUUUGUUGCCAUGCUAUUGAACCAAUGAGGCUCAUAGAGCCAUUUAUUUAGUAUCUGUGAGGUAUCCUCCUCACUCUAUGGAGGCUGAGCCCAGCCGUCUGGCCAAUGAGGACCGCUCUGGAAGGCAAGAAUCACAGCAUGAAACAUCUGAGUCUUCAUUAGGGUCUUGUCCACCUCAGCAGCCCCAGCAGCCUCCCAAUCCUCGUCCUGUACAUAAAGCUUUGGGCCGUCUACAAAAUCGUCAACCAAAACGUACUGACCUGCUUCGGUUACAGCAGCAGCAAGCAGCAGCAUGGCAGCAUUCAGACACCCCAGGUACCUCUGGAGGCAGCUUUUUCUCUGCAUCUUCCACCUCAUCCACCACCACUAUGCCCUCCACCCAGGGUGAGCAUGGUCAUGGGGGGCCAUCUCACUCCAGUCAAGAGGUUCUAGAAGGGGUAAGCUCUCCCAAAAAGGGGGAGAAGAAACCCCAAAAGCCAGGGAAAUAUGUGUGCUCAUAUUGUGGCCGUCCGUGUGCCAAGCCAAGUGUUCUUGAGAAACAUAUUCGCUCACACACUGGAGAAAGACCCUACCCUUGUGCUCCUUGUGGCUUUUCUUUUAAGACCAAGAGCAAUCUGUACAAGCAUCGCAAGUCUCAUGCACAUCGAAUUAAAGUAGGUCUGGCAUCCAGUCGAGAUCAGCCCAGUUUUGGUGGACCAAAGGAUAGCAGUAUUGGAGAAGACCGUGAAGAGCACACAGAGGGAGAAAGCACUGAAUCUGAAGAUGAGACAGGCGAGUGCAAAAAAUCUUCCUCUAAGGAGAUGCUUGGACAGCAAAGGAAAGGAGGAAAGGAGCGACCUGGAGGCUCUGAGGAGAGCCAAAGACCUGAGGACUCUCAGGCUGUCAGGCAAAGAUUGGCAUUAAGGCUUAGAAAACGUGGCCCCAUGACUUCACCAGAUAACCCUUCCUCUUCCUCCUCCUCUCUCUCCACCUCAUCUUCUUCUUUAGGCCCUGGUAGUAAGGGAAGCACAGAGUCUGGAUAUUUCUCUGGCUCAGGAAGUACUGACCUUUCACAAGUUAGCCCCCCAAAUUCCAGUGCCAAAACCUAUGCAGAAAUUAUUCUGGGAAAAUAUGGAAGAAUCGGAGGGCAACAGCGCAGUCCUCACCAGCACCAGCUUCCUACUUCACACUCCUCAUCGACAGGAACUGAGGAAAAAAGUGUUCCCUUCGCUGUACCCAAAACCCAAGUGAUAGAACAUAUAUCAAAGCUCAUUACUAUCAAUGAGGCAGUGGUGGACACAAGUGAGAUUGACAGUGUGAAACCUCGACGCUCCUCCCUAUCCAGGAAAAGUAGCAUGGAGACACCCAAAUUUAUCGCCCCUAAAGAUCCCUAUGCUUUUGACCCAAAAACAGAAGCUGCAGGCCCCAGUAGUUUAAGGCACUCACAGAACUCUGAGUCAGAUCCAUUGAGUACACAGGAACUUUCAGCUGUGCCUCUUCUUAGAAGUCACUCAUUACCGUCAGCUACAAGCCAACUAGAGCCCUUCCCUUCUGGUACCAUGUCUCCAAGAGGUUACCGCCUUAGCCAGUCAUUUGACGAGCAGCAAGCGGUUGUUGCAGAAAUGAGAGGCAUUCAACGCAUGCUUAGACGGCAGCCUGCCAUAGAGGUACCUCUGGGUGCUGAAUCAAUGUUAGAAGAGGGCAGUCCUGCAUCCCCAUCCUCCUCAACAGGAGGAACAAAUUCAGGCAAGCAGCCACAUCAGCUUCUAAAGAGUCAAAGUAUGUUUGAAUGUAAAUCUUGUAGGGCCCGUUUUCAACACAGUGAAGGUUAUGAGAGUCACAUAGGCAUGUGUCAAGGACCAAAACAAGAGGAAGGUGGGAGUACAAGCAGCCUGUGCAGAGAGAACCGACCUCCACUGAUGCACUCAAAGUUCCGAGCACUGGCAAUGGCUGUGAGAAAGAGGCGGAAAGAGGAGAGCCUGGAGGAGGAUCCCCCCAGUCCUGGAACUGUCCCUGUGUCAGGCAGCUUUGCAAGUCUCACUUCAGUACUAAGCAGACCAGAGCACAGCCAGGCCUUCUCAGGUGUUACUUCAAACACAGAGCCAAACAAACAACAGCAACAACAGGACCGAAAGGGUGUUUCUGUCAUCCAACACACUAGUUCCUUUGAGAAACAAGAGAGUGUUUCUAUGGAAAGCCAAGAGCCAGACCUCAGAGAGAAUCAGCAGCAAAAACAGCCUGAGCCAAAACCCUCACCUUCCACAUCUCGCCUCAUCCGCCAGCCAAACAUCCAGGUGCCAGAGAUCCUUGUUACUUUAGAGCUUGAUGCUGACAUGCCGUCGGUUUCACCACCAGUGAGAGCAUCCUCGUCCAAGGAACUCGAGAAGCCGGAGGAGUUUCAGUGGCCUCCGCGUAGCCAGACUCUGGCUCAACUACCUGCAGAGAAGCUGCCACCAAAGAAGAAAAGACUCCGCUUAGCUGAAGCAGCUCAGUCCUCUGGGGAGUCAAGCUUUGAGUCUAUGUCACUGCCUCGCAGUCCCAGUCAAGAAAGCAAUGUCUCAAGCCUUUCGGCUUCUUUUGAGGACACAGGACGUUCAGAGUCUGUUUCUUGGGCCAUUGGGAGCCAAAGCUCUCAAAUGCUGAUGGUGCCCUCUGCUUCUCAACAACACCACCAAAGCCACAAGGAGAUGAGGCGUUCAGCCUCAGAACAGGCCCCUCCCAGGCCCCAACAAACUGAAGAGAUCUCGGAGACAAGAAGUAAAUCAUUUGAUUAUGGGUCCCUUUCCUCUCAGCAGUCCACAUCCUCCUGGAAGGAGAAGAGAAAGUUUCUUUUAAAACAAGCCACUCUAGGUGAACCUGAACAGGAGAUGGUGGGCAGUAUUAGUCAAAGUCCAAUUCCUGGUCCUUCUCACCCUAACAUCCCUUAUCUUUACCCUCACUUCUUUCUGGAUGCCACAGAGAAGCCCACACAGCUAAUACAUUCUGAAAUGUUCUCAACUGCCCAUGACGUGCAAUUCAGAGAUGAGCGUGCUUUUCAAAGAGGGCCGCUUUCACAGCUACUUCCCAUAACCACAGCCAUAACUGAAGUUCUUUCACCCCAAGUCAUUCACAGAGCCUUCUUACAAUCGCAAUCUGGAGGUCUCAUUCAAUCCCACCCAGGGCAGAUCCAAGUACCAGAACGUUUGAGAAAUCCCCUGCAUCAUCUACCACCCCUUGCUCCUCUUCCAAGCUCCCCAGGGGUUAGAAGUAGUCAGUCUCUGUACUGUCCCUUUCCACCAAGACUUGGCACACAAAUUCCUUUUCAGUCCUCCACAGAGACUAGAUCAUCUAUCUCCUCCCUGUCUUCUACUCUAACCCAACAUUCUCUGGUAACCAUAUCUUAUCACAAACAGCAACCGGUCAUUGCCACAUGUCUUUCACAGCUUACACCAGUGGUAUCACUUAUGGUACCAGUGCGCCUCCAAACCCAUAGACCAACCUUUGCCAAUGCUAUAUAUACUACCCUCUCCCAGAUUUUGGCUUCCACACGCUCACAGAACUCAACCCCUUGUACAGCUAUGAUCAUAAUGGCACAAACAGAACAGGAGAAAUUGCAAAGAUCAUAUCUGAAAGUUCCAUCUCAGUCAAUCAAGAACUUUCCUCCCCUUUCCCUGUCAAAGGAGCUGUCCUCAGUGUCUGUGGAAGAAUAUAGUGCUCUGGGACCUGGAGGAAGCAAACGAAUGCUUUCUCCUGCAGCUAGUCUUGAACUCAGCACUGAAGCUAUGCGUCACCAGAAAAGAGUAAAAGAAGAGGAGGAGGAGCAAUUCAAAAGCCUUGAAGAGGAAGAAGGUGUAGAACCCAAGGUAUGCCAAGAAGAAGAAGAAAGCAAUAACACAGAGAAAACACAGGGAGAGGGGGAGAAACAGCAUACAGAAGGAACAGAGAGGACAGGAGUCAAAUUAGAGGAGGCGCAGAAACAACUUCCAUGGAAAAAUAACAAUGAAGAAAAAGAAGGAAAUGAGAAAUCAAAUGAGAAGAAAAGUCAAAAAAAGGAAGAGGUACCAACUUCAAAAGUGGGAGUCGAGAAGCCAAGUCCUCAUGCUUACCCCAGCCUCCAUACUUCCACGUCAGUAAACUGGUGCUAUCUGAAGUAUGUGAAACCAAACCCAUCUGCAGAGAGAGAUCCUCGUACCUCGGUUUAUUCUACAUGGAGCGUCAGUGCACACAACCCCAACCUGCCAGGCCUCAGCACUAAGCUGGCUCUGUCUCUGCUGUGCUCUAAACAGAAACAUAGCUCUGAGACAUACACCAUGGCUACAGCCUCAACACCAGCCAGUGAAUCAGCCCUUGAAAGCAGCACAAAUCCAAAUAUAUCAGAGGUCCAAGCCACCACACCCAGUACCCUCCCUGAGGUGAAGGAUGAGGAGACUCAUGAAAAGGAGAAUAGAAAAGAGAAGAGAGAAGAGGAAGCUCCUUCCACCUCCAAGCAAGGCGAACCAAGCUGGGUCCGGAUCUUUGAAGGAGGCUACAAAUCCAAUGAUGACUACGUCUAUGUGAGAGGUCGUGGCCGAGGAAAGUACAUAUGUGGAGAGUGCGGCAUUCGCUGCAAGAAGCCCAGCAUGCUGAAAAAGCACAUCAGAACGCACACCGAUGUCCGCCCAUACAUCUGUAAACACUGCAACUUUGCCUUCAAAACCAAAGGGAACCUUACAAAACACAUGAAGUCAAAGGCUCACGGGAAAAAAUGCCAGGCAGUAGGGGUGUCUGAGGCGUCGCUGGACGAUCCAGAGAGCGAGGAAACAGCAGGCAGUGAAGAGCGUGUUUUUGGCUCAGAAGAGCAGGAGGAGCAUCAGUUCUCAGAUGUUGAGGAAUCUGAUGAAGAGGAAGAUGAUGAUGAAGAUGAGGAGGAGGAGGAGGACGAGGAGGAAGAGGAAGAGGAGUCGACAUCCCAUGAAGACCCUCCAUCCUCCUGUUCAUCGGACACUAAUCCAUCAACAGGAGGCCACACCAGUGGUGGGAGGCGCUCAGAGCGGGGCACCUCUGAUCCGGAUCCAGGUCCCCCUCAGGAGCCUGCUCCGCGGGGAGUGUGGCCUGGCAGACGGACAGCUUCCCCAGGCAGGAGGAGGGCCCUUUAUUCCAGGCGAGGCUGGAAGGGCUCCCCAAGAGCAUUCUCCCCCAGCAAUGAGAGCUGCUCCCCUAGCCGUAGCCUCUCGCCCCGCCUGGAGCUUUCCUCACCAAUCCACAGCCUGUCCCCCAGGACUGAUUUGUCCUCGCCUAGCAGACACGUCUCACCCUCUCCAGAGAGAAGACCAUCUCCUGUCAGAGCGCAUUCUCCUCUUCAUCCCAUUUCAUCCAGCUGCUACCGGCCAUCUACAAUUGGGACCCCUCCAUCACCACUGGGGGCACUUUACAGAACGCCUGGAUACCUUCCCUGGGAGAGCCCAGGCACAAAGGGAGAACAUGUUAAACCAGAGAAAAGUGGUGCAGCAAGAGAGAGGCCAACACUUUCAGAAACCAGACUUUUCCCAUCAGCUUUCCGUCUCUCUACUUGCGAGGCCUAUCCUGGCCUGCAAGCAACAGACCACAUUUUCAGUCAUCUUCCCAUGCACUCCCAGCAAGCAAAGGUCCCCUGCCUGAUGAUACCCAUCGGUGGGAUCCAAAUGGUACAGGCCAGACCAAGGUCCCACCCAACUACUCCCUCAUCUCCAACAUCUCCUCCACUAGAGGGGCCAUCGAUGUCCCGAUUUGAGACACACUGGGGCGGGACCCCCAGGACUCAAGGGCUAAGGACUCCUGGAGACACCUGGUCAGAUUUUCAGGCAGCAGGAGCCAGCCGCCAUUCUCUCAGCACAGACCCUACUUUUUCCAAACCCAAGUUGGAGACCACAGACUCAAAGCAAUAUGGCAGCUCACACAGCUUCGUCCACCCCCAAGGGUCUACCACAGAGACCACCGAAGGCUCUGCCAGAGACACAAAGACUUCAGAAACUACCCUCGGUAUAGCAGCCUCUGUAGCCUGCUGUGCGGCUGGAGCGCCACCAGAGCGGGAGGACGUGGUGGAGGGAGACGCUAAAGGAGACACAGAACAGAGCACUUAACAUUGUUGACACCUUGAUGUGUCUGACAUCCAGUUUUGGUUUAUUGGUUGCUACACUAGUCUUGUUUUUUUUUUUUUUUAUUGCUUUGUUUUUUAUACAGAUUUCAAUACAAUCGUUAACUUAAAUGUUUGUUCUUUGGAAAUAUUCAGGUUUGUUAUAAAAAUGCACUUUUUUCUGUCGUUCCUGUAAAUCUCUAUAUAAAUGUAUAUGCAUAUACAAAUAUAUAUAGUAUCUGAUUGGAUACUGCUAAUCUCAAUGUCUGUUUGAAUAUAUGUAAAAAAAAAAGGAGUAUGAAUAAAUCUGUAAAUGACCAAAAUGUUUCAUCAUAAAAAGAAAUUCCCUUAGUAUUACUCAAGUUGUAGUUCUUUGUGCCUUUUCUGUCUAUUUUUGUGUUAUUUUAAAUGUAAACAUACACAAAGAGAAGGCUGUGAAUUCAGUUUAAUUUUAAAAUUUUUUUUUUUCUAUGGAGGGUUGGUAUUUGGUGUUUUUGUUCUUCAGGCCAUUGCUUUAUUGCAAGGGUGAUUAAAUUACAUGGCAGGAAAAUGCACUGACAUUUUUUAUUUUUAUUCUUUAACUAAAUGCUUCAGAUUUAGUUUUUUUCAGAGUUUAUGUCUUUACAAGGGAAAUUGCUCCUUAUUUAUGACAUUGAUCCUUUUUUGGGGUAGGGAUGGGGAUUUUUUUAU